GUGCAGAUGAAUUUGUGGCCAUGUUCUAUGGAGAGUCGGGGGUCCUGGGCCUCCUGGCCAAUGGAAUCAGUGCUUUCCUCGUUCUUCUGCAGAACUUCAACGGAGCACAGACUGGUGUACCAUCCCAGGGAGUGGAGCACAUUCUGGCUGGUGUUCAACUGAUUCUGAUUGGGGGGGUAACUCAGCUGUUGGCUGGGCUCCUAUCCUUCCGGAAGUAUGAUCACUUAAGUGGGACAUCCUUCAUCGCAUUUGCUGCUCUCUGGGGCAGCUAUGGGUCUACCCGUAUAGUCCUGGGUGUCUUUCCACCCUCUAUUAACAGCACCAACACCACUGACCAGCUAUAUCCAGCCAACUGCACUUUUCGAAAUACAGAAUUGGCUACUCCACCAAUCGGUCAGUCUGCUAUAGCAGGGCUAAUCGCUUACAUUUCCAUCUCAUUUAUCCUGUCCUUCUGCUCUGCCACUGUAAACUACAUCAUGCCUUUUGUCUUUGGGGCCAUCACCUUGACGCUGAUCUUUGAGGCAGCAGGGCUUGUCGGGGGGUGGGCUCUAGUGGUCUCCGGGGUCCUGGAGCUGGUGAUCCUCAUGUGUGGGCUUUAUGGAGCGGCAUCCUUGCUCCUGAAAGGUGUCACGCAACGUUACAUCCUCAAGGGCUUUGGGACCCCCCUUUUUGAUGUGCUGCUCCUGGGGACGGCCAACAACAGCAACUCCCAAAAAAUAGGAGAAGAAAAGAAGAAGAACACCCAAUAUGCUGAACCCAUGGCACUGGGAUACCUGUGCGACACAAUCUCUCCUUUCAUCUUUGCCGCCUUCUGCUUUGGCUACCUACCAUCCUUCUUUGUGGGCACUAUUUGGGUUACUAUCAACACUUUCUCCCAGCUUUUCUCCAGUUACUAUGCCUACCUACGAAAAGACGUCUACACACAACCAAGUUUUGUCUGCACAGCACCUACUGGCUGGUGAAGUCAUGGGAGGAGUUUGUGCUGUCAGUUCUCAUCGACAGAGAGGGAGCGGUCAGCGGGCGAGAAAGGAUGGUUGGUGACUGGUUCUUCCUAGCGACCGCCAUUGUUCUCUGCUUGAUGUCACUCAACAUGGAUGUGCUAGAGGUGGCCCAUAACUUGCUAUUCCUCCUGCUCACAGUAUCCACAAUCUCCCAG